UUCCUGGGCAGUUGCCUGUAGUGCCUCUCGACUUGAGCCGUAGAGGCAGACCUACGUCUACGAUGGAUGGGUGGAGAUAUUCAUGCCAAGGAAACUUGCCAAGCUGCAGGGCAUUUCUCAGCCAGCGCUGCGACCGGUCAAUCGGAUUGCCAAGCGAAGAGGCAGGAUAGUCCUUCAUCGAACUGCCACUGCGAUCACUUUUAGGGUUCUUCUUCGUUUGUAGAUCUACCGGCAGUGCGAAUUCGAAGUCGAUCGCUGGCACCACAAUGAGUAUUUUAGGUGUGUUUUUCUGCCUGCUGGCCGGAGCUCUCGCGGUGACCGCCUUGCCGGCUCGUAUGUCGAAGGGGCUUGACGAUGUGCGGGGGCUGCGAGAGGCUCUGUCAUUCAACUGCCCCACCAUAGCACCGGCGAACACGACAACGACCAGCGUACACCGACUGCACGCAGGCGACAUCAAGGUGAUCAUGGCUAUGGGUGACAGCAUCACCGCGGGAUUCGGCAUGAUGGGCGCACACGGCAAUAUCGAAAAGGACCUGCUCGAGUAUCGCGGCCAGUCCUGGCUAAUCGGAGCUGACAACGACGCCCAAACCCUGGCGACCUUCUUCAAGAACUACAACUCGCAUCUGGUCGGCGGCAGUGUGGGCGAACACAUUGCGGAGCUGUGCUGGGGAAACAUAUGCCCAGCCAAGCAGCAUCCCGAGAAAGACAUCCUGAACGCUGCUAUGAGCGGUGCUAUGAUGUAUGACUUUGUGAAUGGUCCCGGUAAUCAGGUCGACUACUUGGUCAAGCAACUUCACGACAAAGAGGAUAUAAUCGAUAUCGAACAGGAUUGGAAGCUACUCUCAAUCCUAGUGGGUGCUAACGACAUGUGUGUGGAGUGCGAGGAUAUUCCCAUCGAGCCAUCGUCCAUCGCAGACUACGAGAAGUACUUCCGAAUCACACUGCAGACCCUGCAGGCAAAGGUGCCCAGGCUGCUGGUGAACGUCGGCCAGAUGUUCAACGUGUCCCAGAUCUACAAGCUCUCGCUGAGAGCGAAGAGCUGCGAGAACAUCCACCGCCUGCUGCCCGAGGAGUGCCUGUGUGCGUUCAAACACGGCGAGGAGGGCGAUAAACACCGCCGUGUCAUGGACCAGACGGCCGUCGCCUACAACCGCGCGCUGGAGAAGGUCGCCGCUGAGUUCCCGCGCUCCGACUCGUUCGCCGUGGUAACCCAGCCAGCCAUGCGCGACGGCAACCUGUCCACGUUCCCGCUCUCGUUCAUAUCGACGCUGGACUGCUUUCACCCGUCACUGGAGGCACAUCAGAUGAUGGCCAAGGCAAUGUGGAAUGGGCUGUGGACGCCGCGGGCCAACAAGACGUCCACGUUCGAGUAUCUGGUCCCGUUCGUCUGCCCCACCUCGGAAAGCAUCAUUCCAACGGACUAAAGUGCACGGUAUAGUUUUCAGGUUCUGCCACCUACUGCAUGUACGGUGGUGGCUAGAGUAACCAUGGCAAUCAGAUCUCAUGAAUAGAGCGAAGCUGUGCUCACUGUACAUUCCAGUGUUCAUAGUGUCAGGGCUGAACAGCUUCCCCCCCCCCCCCCCCUCCGGCAGUUAUAUUCAUGAGAUCAUACUUCAUGACUCACCCCUUAUCACCAUGAUGCUCAUUGAGUGGAUAGUAGUGUAACGUACCCCUGCAUUAUGUUAUUUUCGACCAGGGAGUCGUGAAAUGCCGGUAUUUUACCACUCCCUGCCGCGAAGUUUCGACCUUGAGUCCUUGUCCCGUUACCCUGACCCAAGAUGCAAUGUGAUUUUGCUUGACAGUUGAGCUUGCCAUGCCCACGAGUCCACAUGUUGACGAAGAUAACAGAGAGAUUCCAGUACUACGUUCCACGAUGAUGUUUUCCUCCCGGUUCAAGUCAAUGAGAACUAACAUGUUACGUCCUACGCAUGCAAUACGUGAGUAUUGUAUAGUUAUUGUGACAAGAUCUUUUAAUGCUCGGAAGAGUCGGCGCGUACAAUACUUGAACUCUGAAGACUGUAUUGACAGUUCUAUUAAAUUUUAGUAUCGCCCAAGUCGCACCACAUCUUCUUCUACUUACAUGUAGGUGAAUCGAUACACAGAACAACAAGGGCAAUCAAGGCUAGUUAGUCGCUACUCUGAGUUUCAUGCUUUCGCAAUCAUCAGCCUGCAACAUGAGGAUGCUACUGGCCAUGCUGGUAUAUAUAAUUAUGCCAGGAGAGGUAUUGGUGG